UUCUUCAGCCCUCCUCCUCCUCCUUUUUCUCCUUCUCCACCUCUUUUCCUUCAGACUGCUCCUUCCUUCAUUCUUUCUCUUAUGCUGUUCUAUUGAGGGAAAAUGGAGCAUCUGAGCAGAACCUUGUCCUCUUUAUGGUUUUUACUUUUACUGGUUUUUGGAUGGACACACAGCCAGACGAAUAACCACACAAGGCCGGAGUUUAAAUGUGGAGGGAAUCUGAAUGGAGACUCAGGCUUCGUGGCCAGUGAGGAUUUUCCAACAUACUAUAAACCAGACAGCAAGUGCACUUGGUACAUCACUGUCCCAGAAGGCAACGUGGUCACGCUCUCCUUCAGGAUUUUUGACUUUGAGGCCGACACUCUGUGCCGAUAUGAUUUCCUGGACAUAUAUAAUGGUCACUCGAACAUGGCACAGAAGUUGGGUCGGUUUUGCGGGACGUUUCGGCCUGGCACGCUCAUCUCCACCUCCAACACCAUGAUGCUGCAAAUGGAAUCUGACUCAGCAACCGGGGGACGUGGCUUCCUUGCUCAAUUUAUUGGAGCAAAACCACACCUGAAUGAUCAACAGUUGUGUGGUGGAAAGAUGACAAAACCACAAGGCACAUUUGAAACUCCCAACUGGCCAGAGAAAAAUUACCCUCCAGGCAUCAGUUGCUUGUGGCUCAUCACUGUGGAUCCAGACAAGGUGAUUGAGGUGAAGUUCGAUAAGUUUGAUGUGGAGCGUGAUACAUACUGUCGCUUCGAUUACGUGGCAUUUUAUAAUGGGGGAGAGAGUGAUGCCUCCAGACGCAUCGGAAAAUACUGCGGUGACAAGGCACCUGACCCCAUCGUGACCAACAGUAACGCUCUCCUGGUGCAGUUUGUGUCUGACCAGAGCGUCACUUCUGACGGAUUCAUGGCCUCAUAUUCCAGUGUCCCAAGAGGGCAUUCUGUCCAGCCAGGAUCCCGUGUGCACUCAUCACCCACAGUUCCACGGCUCGGCCCAGUCCUGCCCCGCAAACCCAUCAUCACGAUGACUACAGAGGCAACGACUACUACAACCACCACCAAGGCUCCACGCAGACGGCCACCGCCCAAUCCCAACCAGCCAGACAGACCUUCGAGUCGCAAACCUGAGUCGAGUCAGCCAAAUCCAGCUGUUCCAGGCUCAAACCCUCUAUGUCCUGAAACAUGUAAGAGAGAUGGCAGCAUAAAAGCGAGUUUCUGCAGCAGUGAAUUUGUGAUCACAGGGAAGGUGACGGCACUCUCCCCGGCUCCUCAGGGCCGCCUGCUGGCCACCGUCUCCAUCAUUAAGGCUUAUAAAUCUGGAGGACUGACCAUCACUCAGGCUGGAGAGACUAUGACAGUUAAACUGGUGCUUAUGUGCAGGACGUGUCCAGUACUACGCAGAGGACAAAACUUUAUUGUGAUGGGGCAGGUGGACGAAGAUGGGCGUGGCAUUCUCCCUCCAGGCAGUUUCACGGCUCUGUACAAAGCACAGCAUGACAAAAUCCUCACCAGCCUCAACAACCAGCCAUGCUGAUCCCAGAGGCUAAAACCAACACAGAAAAAUACACAUACCAGACCAUGAAAAACCCAUAUAAUACGAUUCAGUAUAAUUAUUUUAAUAAUUUGUAGAAACGAUUUCCUAAAGCUGCACUCAGGCAAAAAAACACUGUUUAAUGUGUUAGUGCAUUAUUCUGUGUUCAGGAGCACACUAUCAUAGCUCACAACCUCAGCAUUUUGGUGAAGUUUGCAGUUUUGUAUCAUUGUAUUUUCAUGCUUAAAGUUCCUCUCAUACAAUUAGCAAUUAGCAAGAAUUGUUUAAAAAUGUAAAUUUGGUUCGCUAUUUUCUCAUUUUUACUCAAGUACCUUAACUAUAGUUAGUGCACUAGUCAGUGCAUUAGUGAAUAGGCAAAGUGGACAAGAGUGCAUUAAAAAAAGUACUGUAAUAUAACAGGUAGGAACUUUUACUUCAAAUUCGGAGCAGCUACAGCAACAUAUAGAGGCACAUUUCACCGUAUUACUUUAUAUACUUGAAAAUAUACUAUAUAUUUGUAAUUUAUGGUAUCAAUAAAAGGUUAAUAUCA